UUUCAUUCCACCACCGUCCUCCACCCUACACUUUCCUCAUCACUCGUUCGCCAUCCCGAUUCAUGUCUAGAUCACGACUAUCUAAGAUUUUCCACUCCCCUGAAAAAUCGAAUCACUCGGCUAUGACGCGCUCCUCGUCCCCUGCUUCGAGCUCACAUUCGCUCUCCGAUAUGUCGUCGCCAUCUUCCAACAAAUUCUACUCGGAGCCGAAUGAGGGUUAUGGGGCCAAGUACUCCGGAGACCCGAUGAUACUUGGUGUUUGUGCCAUGGACGUCAAGGCGCGUUCAAAGGCCAUGAGGGAGAUAUUAACUCGCCUCGUGGAGAGGGCCAACGGUGGAGUCGAGGUCAAGGUAUUCGGUGACAAGGUAAUCCUAGACGAAGAUGUAGAGAAUUGGCCGCGCUGCGACGUCCUCAUCUCUUUCUUUUCCACCGACUUCCCUCUAGACAAAGCGACCCAGUACGUCAAACUGAGAAACCCACUCUGCAUCAACGACUUGCCCCUCCAAGCCCUCUUGUGGGACCGCCGUCUCGUAGGGGCUGUCCUCGAUCACCUCCAAGUGCCCACCCCCAAACGCAUAGAAGUCUCGCGCGACGGCGGCCCCCAAGUCGACCCGGAGCUACGGGCGCUGGUCAAGUCCAAAAUAGGGCUUGAGAUCGGAGAACUUAGAUCGACCCCUGAAGUCAGUCUGCGGGAGGACGGGGACGCGAUCAUCAUCGACGGCAAGGUGCUUGAGAAACCGUUCGUCGAGAAACCCGUCAGCGGGGAAGACCACAACGUCUACAUCUACUACCGUGGCGGUGGGGGUCGUCGGCUUUUUAGAAAGGUGGGCAACAAGUCGAGCGAGCUAGAUCCGAACCUCAAGCACCCCCGCACGGACGGUUCAUACAUAUAUGAACAAUUCAUCGACGUCGACAAUUCGGAAGACAUCAAAGUCUACACCGUCGGCCAAGAAUACACGCAUGCCGAGACGCGCAAAUCACCUGUCGUUGAUGGGGUAGUGCGUAGGAACACAGACGGAAAGGAAAUCAGGUUCAUCACCCGGCUGACGGAAGAAGAAAGAUCCUGGGCUAAAAAGAUCUGCAUGGGUUUCGGGCAACGUGUAUGCGGCUACGAUAUGCUGCGCUGUGACAAUGGGCAAAGGAGCCAAGUCAUUGAUGUGAAUGGCUGGAGUUUCGUCAAGGGAAACGAAUCUUAUUAUGACAAGGCUGCUGAAAUCCUCGCUUCGCUGUGUCUGAGGCUUUCUACAUCUCCUGAUCGUCCGAUCCCCCAUGCUGGAACCCCCACCUCCGAGUCUCCGACAUGGCUGCUGAAAGCAAAUGUGACUGUGUUUCGUCAUGCCGAUCGCACACCGAAGCAGAAACUCAAAUUUAAUUUCCCCAUCGGAGAAUCGUGGACACAACCCUUCGUGACUCUGCUCAACGGGGAAAAAGAAGAAAUCAUUUUGCGCGAAAAGAAGCAACUCAAUCUUGUCGUCUCUGCGAUCGAGCAAUCCAAGAGUCUGGGUGCCACCGGAGAGGACUUGAUGAAACUUACUCAACUGAGCAACGCUCUGUUCAGCAAGAUCGAUCUUCCUGGAACGAAAGCGCAGCUCAAGCCCUAUUCAAAUGGCGAGUUCCAUUUUUCUUCAUCACGUGUUACUUAUGAUGAUACCACUUGCAGGGGUGGCGAAUUUACCCACGCCGCACGCUAUCAGUCGAGAGAUCUCGGUGAAAAUAUGAAGAAGGAUCUGACCAUCAUGAACAAGGAUGCUUUGAACAACGUCAAGAUCUUCACCUCGUCGGAACGCCGAGUCAUCGCAUCCGCAGAGAUAUUCGCGGCAGCUUUAGUCGACUCACAAAACUCGGCAUAUUCAGCUCCGUCGUCUACCACGAGCUCAGUUUCAUCCCGAUCGUUGACAGACAUCACGCAACUGAGCAAGAUGACGCCGAACCCAGCGCCGCCACUGAACCUGAUCGUCCGCAAAGAUCUCCUCGACGAUUCCAACGCCGCCAAAGAUCUGAUGGAUGACGUGAAGAAACGAUUGAAGAUCUUACUCCGACCGGGAGAGCCUGAGAAACGGCCGGAGCUGACAUGGCCGAAGAGCAUGAACAAGGAGCCGGUCGAAGUAGUCAAGGAGGUCAUCGAACUCCUCAGUUCGUUCAGAACAAUUAUGAGGAAGAACUUUGAGACACUCGAAGUCGAGAAAAUCCAAGAGCGGUGGUGUUGUGGUGACGAGCCGUGGCUGUUCAGGGAACGAUGGGAGAAGCUGUUCGAGGACUUUUGCGAUGUUGAGCAGAAGAAAUUCGAUCCGUCACGGGCGAGUGUCAGAAUUGCACUUUUCGAUCUUGUCGCUCCCCAAGAGUAUGGUAUCGAGCCCGAAGAAAAGGAGGAAAUCGGUGUUCUGACCUCCCUACCGUUGCUUAAAAAGGUGGAGAGUCAUAUUCACACCCUCGUCAACCUCGUCCUGCAGUCGGGUCUGCCGAUUGCGAACAGACGCAUACCUGAGCUGGACUAUUGUUCUCACAUCACAUUUGAGUUGUACGAACGAAACCACGGACGCGGGAAGUCUGAUAAGGAGUACUCGAUCAAGCUCUCGUUGAGCGAGGGUGCCCAUUCUUCGAACGUCCUAGAUUCGACUCUAGAUGCUAGACACUCUCUCAACGUGCAGCCGCGAAGGAAACUCACCCAACACUUGCCAUACUCGCUGGUCAUCGAGAAGCUUUCCAAACACUUUCACCGGAUAAAUGACGACGAUGACACGGGACCGGAUACACCUUACGAGACCAUCCGACCUGAUUCCUCACUGACCGCUGGGAUCACCGGCGACAGCAGCAGCGAUGACCCGUGA